AUGUUGUACUAUGUGAUGAUUAUUCUCCCUCUAGCACUCUUUCUCUUGGCUUACAAAUUCCUCUUUAGCUCCAAAACGCAGCGUUUCAACCUCCCUCCUUCCCCUCCUAACGCUCUCCCCAUCCUCGGCCACCACCUUCUCUUGAAACCGCCGGUCCACCGUCUCUUCCACCGCCUCUCCAAAACACACGGCCCGAUCUUCUCCCUCCGAUUCGGCUCCCGUCGCGCCGUCGUGAUAUCCUCCUCCUCACUCACAGCGGAAUGCUUCACGGGCCAAACUGAUAUCGUUUUAACGAACCGACCUUGUUUCCUCACCGCCAAGUACGUCGCUUACAACUACACAACCAUCGGAACAGCUCCUUACGGUGCUCACUGGCGUAACCUCCGCCGCAUCUGCUCCCUCGAGAUCCUCUCCUCCGGCCGUCUCACCAACUUCCUCCACAUCCGUAAAGAUGAAAUCCGCCGUAUGAUCACGAGACUCUCACGCGAGGUCGCCAACAAAGAGAUCGAGCUGGAGCCCCUCUUGUCCGAUCUAACGUUCAACAACAUCGUGAGGAUGGUUACAGGGAAGAGAUAUUACGGAGACGAAGUUCACAACGAGGAAGAAGCGAAUAUUUUCAAGAAACUCAUCGCCGAUGUUAACGAUAUCGGAGGCGCGAGACAUCCCGGCGAUUACUUGCCGUUCAUGAAGAUAUUCGGAGGGGGCUUUGAGAAGAAAGUGAAAGCUAUUGGAAAAGGAAUGGACGAGAUCUUGCAGCGUUUGCUCGAUGACUGUAGGAGAGAUAAGGAUGGUAACACGAUGGUCAAUCAUUUGCUCUCUCUGCAACAAGAAAAGCCCGAGUAUUACACUGACGUCACCAUCAAAGGCCUCAUGCUGGGUAUGAUGAUCGCCGGAACAGACACAUCGGCGGUGACGCUAGAGUGGGCGAUGGCUAGUUUGCUAAAUCACCCGGAGAUAUUGGAGAAAGCGAAAUUGGAGAUUGAUGAGAAAAUCGGGCAAGAUCGUUUGAUGGACGAACCAGACCUUGCAGAUUUGCCCUACCUUCAAAACAUAGUGACGGAGACAUUCCGGCUAUACCCGGCUGCGCCGCUUCUUGUGCCAAGAUCGCCCGCGGAGGAUAUCAAAAUCGGAGGAUACGACGUGCCGCGUGAGACGAUGGUGAUGGUGAACGCGUGGUCUAUGCACAGAGAUCCGGAACUCUGGAACGAACCGGAGGAAUUUAAACCGGAGAGGUUUAGCGGCAAAGGAGGAGACGAAGACGUUCGUAAGCUAAUGACGUUUGGGAUCGGACGGAGAGCGUGUCCCGGUACCAGCUUAGGGCAGAAGAUCGUGACGUUGGCGUUAGGGUCGUUGAUUCAAUGCUUCGACUGGGAAAAACCCAACGGCGAUGCGAUCGAUAUGGAAGAGACUCCAGGGAUGACGAUGCGUAAGAAAGUGCCUUUACGUGCCAUAUGUCGCUCUCGGCCGAUCAUGAAUACGCUUAAGGCUCGUUUAACGGCUUAG